AUGAGGUCUUCUUCCGGCCCUGCCUGGACCCGGAGGCCUAGGGUUGAAGCUGGCACCCUUGUCGUCCUCAGGCCUGUCUUACCUCCAGUCCCCACCCCUGCCCCACGGGGUCUCCAUCCCUGCCUCCUGCGGCUCCUCCAGGCAGCUGCAGCCCCCACCAGCACCCCCACCCUGCAGGAGCAGGUCUGUCCUCCCCAGAGGUCUUCCCGCGAGCCUGGUCUGACCGGCCACACCCAUCACCCAAGGGUGGCCAGCCCAUAUGAUGCCAUGGGACACAGCAGCCACUUUGUCGUUGUGCGCAGGGGUAAGCUGCCGCGGGGCUGUGGAGUCCCCCGAAGCUGGUAUCAUGGAGACAGCUCAUUGGUUCACGCUGACUCCUCCCACCCCAGCCUCCGCCCCCGUGUCCUGCCCCUGAGCUGCAGCCGGGGCGUUGCGAGUCAGGACUCGCUCCUCCCGGUGGCCCCGCAGUGCGCCCUCUUAGAAACUGCUGAUCCUGACUACAGAGUGAGUCGCCCGUCCUUACACGGUCCCGCCGUGGGGCGGCUUGACGGGAAAGUCGUCGUGCUGACCGCCGCCGCGCAGGGCAUCGGCCGGGCCGCCGCCGUGGCUUUUGCAAGAGAAGGUGCCAGAGUCAUAGCCACGGACAUCAAUGAGGCCAAACUUCAGGAGCUGGAAACGUACCCCGGUAUUCAAACUCGUGUCCUGGAUGUGACAAAGAAGAAACAAAUCGAUCAGUUUGCCAAUGAAGUCGAGAGGCUUGACGUUCUCUUUAAUGUUGCCGGUUUCGUCCAUCAUGGAACCAUCCUGGACUGCGAGGAGAAAGACUGGGACUUCUCCAUGAACCUCAACGUCCGCAGCAUGUACCUGAUGAUCAAGGCCUUCCUUCCGAAGAUGCUCGCUCAGAAAUCUGGCAACAUCAUCAACAUGUCGUCUGUGGCUUCCAGCAUCAAAGGAGUCGUGAACAGGUGCGUGUACAGCACGACCAAGGCGGCCGUGAUCGGCCUCACCAAGGCAGUGGCUGCGGACUUCAUCCAGCAGGGCAUCCGGUGCAACUGCGUGUGCCCAGGAACGGUUGAUACUCCAUCUCUGCAAGAAAGAAUACAAGCCAGACCUGAUCCUGAAGAGGCACUGAACGACUUCCUGAAGAGACAGAAGACGGGGAGGUUUGCGACAGCGGAAGAAAUAGCCCUGCUCUGCGUGUAUCUGGCUUCGGACGAGUCUGCCUACAUCACAGGUAACCCUGUCGUCAUCGACGGAGGCUGGAGUUUGUGACUUCGAAGCUCCUCAGUGGGAAGGAAGGCAGGCCUUUCCUGAACACAGUCAACCUGAUUAUGAAGAACUCAUCAGUUAUCUCUUUCUGAUUAAUGACAUAUUCAUGAAAACAAGUCCUGUUUCAUAAUGUCACUGUUUGCAAGACUCUGACUCUUUAAAU